UGAGUCAAAGGGGAGUGCGCGCGCCCCCACCGCAAGUUGACAAGCUUCGAGUGCGUCAACACAAGUUUUCCUUCUCCCUGUCCUAACUUGACAGAUCGGGCUGCCGGUUCUUCAACACCACCAGCAUCGAGUUAUGCUUCCUUGCAACGACGACAAGCGGUGGCGGCGGCGGCGCCGAUGGCUUUUGUGCGUCUGCCUUUUGGGGACCUGCAGCGCAGCCGCGCAAGAGGCGGGAGCCCCGACGGAGCUUUUCAUCUUCAACGAGCUGUGCGCCAUGAAGGCGGACGCGGGGCCUUGCCGCUCCUUGAAGAACAACUACUUCUUCAAUGUGGACACGGGCCGCUGUGAGCUCUUUGAGUACGGCGGCUGCGGAGGAAACGCCAACAACUUUGAAACGCCGGAGGCCUGCCAGGAAACCUGCCUGGUGUCGGAGGAUAAAAACCCGUGCCAUUUACCCGAAGCGGAAGGUCCCUGCCGCGGCCUGGUCACGCGUUUCUUCUUUGACAGCAGCAGUCAACGCUGCAAGCGCUUCUAUUACGGCGGCUGCUUUGGCAACGCCAACAAUUUCAGGAGCAUCGGCGAGUGCCGGGCCAAAUGUCAAAAACAAGAAACCGUCACGGUCCAGAACGGUACCAGAGAAACCAUCGGUGUGCGGCCAACCUUAACUGGUGAGCAGACAGUCAUCAUGAAUCAGAAUGUGGUGCAAACGAACAACACGGGUCCGGACCAUUCGCAAGAUGCGAGCGCUGACGUUGCGUGCUUUACAGAUGCGACGCUGCCAGAUGCGUGCUCGGGUCCCGCGGAGAGAGGAACGUGCGACGGCAGCGUGCGCAGGUUUGCUUACCAUGCCGAGACCAAGCGCUGUCACGAGUUCCUCUACAGCGGCUGCGGAGGCAACAGCAACAACUUCAAACACCGCCGGCAAUGCAUCCGGAAGUGCAUGAAAAGUCAAAAGGGUGGUGGCGAGAAGAUGAUUCGAAUGAGGAAGAAAAAUAUCCCCAACAUUCUCCGGGGCUCCGUCUGAAGACGUUGGCCAGCCACACUUGCGCUCGCUCGCAUUGGCUAGAGUUAUCCGUAUUUAUCACCAUGUAAAAAAAAUCGUGUAGCUUUUGAGCUUGCCGUACAUUUUUGAUACGAAACGCUUUGCUUUGUCCUGGACAAAAAGCACUUUUGUUUUGCCACUGUGAUUAAAUUCAAAAGAUGUCAUUCACAUCAACA